AUGGCGAAAUCAGGUACAAGGCAUACUAAGAAUGACUUACUUGCGAAAUUUCAGGACCAUGAGGAUCUAGAGGACGGGUUUUUUCAAGACCAAGACGGUGGUGAGUUGGAGGCCCCCACGCUUCGUGGUGGACAGCAAGAUCUUGAUUUCUAUCACAUUGACGACAACUUCAAGACCAUAACGAUACGAGACGACGAAUUGGCUACGAUACGAGAAGGUGCUGGUACAAAAAUGAAGAAAGAUGAAGGUGUCAGGAGCAUGUUCAAUUUGAACCGAAGUACAACACCCACCUUAAGACCAAAGGAAAGUAAAAGAUAUCGACAAGAGAACGAGGACGACGACUUCUUGGAUGGCUUCGAAGGCUUGUCACCUGGUACUUUGUCCACGUCUUCACCCAAGUCCAAAACGAAGGGAAGCAGGAGGAUGUCAUUGUCUGAAUAUAGUGAAGAGGUGGAGACCAGUGAUACUGACGUGACGUCUGAAUUCAACGACGCAGACAUUGGAGAUGUAGAUGAUAUAUUUGGCUUUGAAGAGAGUGGAGUGUACAGUAGUGGUGGUAAUGGUGGAAGUGGAGGAGGAGGAGGAGGAGCUGGUAUCCCCAAAGAAAGUAAAGCAAAGGCGAUUCUUCAACUGAAGAAGAAAGAAUUACAAUUGAGAGCUGAGCAAGAAGAGAAUGAGUUGUUGAUGCAAAGACAUGGCAAGGGCGGGGCUGGAGUAGUAAAUACCCUAAGAUUAAAGGAUUUCCACAAUUAUAAUGAUAAAUUGCAAAUCGACAUGGAUGCGCUUGAAAACGAAAAGACUAUUAACUAUGAGUACACAAGAGACGAAUAUGAGGACUUUGAAGAUGGAUUUGAUUUAAAUUCACCACUCAAGAUACCGACGAAGUCUCGGAGUGGCAAACAUAGCAGUGAUGUAGCAAAUAGUGGUCGACUGAUCAGUUCGAAAUUAUCUAUGCCCCAAUUUGAUAAAGAAUUCAAGUCUAAGCCCAAACCAGCGAUGAAGAAAUACAAAUCUAUGAUGAAUGUUAAAGGCGAAGAAGAAGAUGAAAGAGAAGAGACAGGAAGUCACCCUUUUUUCAACAAUAAAAAUAAUGACAUUAUAAGGAAAUUGAACAGAAUCCCAUCCUUUUACUCGAAAAAGCAGCAACAACAUCAAUAUCCAGUUCAAGAAGACAACGACCUUCAACUUGACUUAAUAGAGGAGUUAGAGUCCAACAACGAGAAAUACAACACUAAUUUGGAUAUGGAAAUGGAAUAUAAGAAAAAGAAAUUGUUAGAGAAGUACAUGGAGAUAACUAACCAUCAACUUCGCAACAAGAGAGAGAGGACUAAAGAUAAAAAAUUCGCUAAUAGCCCUAACAAGAAGAAGCUGGGGUCCUCACUUGGACUAGUAAGAUAUCUUAAUGAUGAUGGUACGCAUUCUGUGCCGGUCGCAGCGCUAAAUUCUAAGACCAAGAUGAAAUUCAACCCCGUAAAACACAAAUGGGAAGGAAAUGACAUAGACCUAUACAAGUUUGAAGCAAUUAAAUCUUUACAGACGACCAAGCCAAGAUUAAUCACAAAUAAGGAUUAUAAGAAAGAUAAGCUGGAUGUAAAGAAAAAGAUAGUUGGUAGUACAUCGUCUUCUUCUUCUUCUGGUGAGAAAAUUGUUGGAAACAUGAAGUAUGACCCCGAAGCUAUGAAAUGGGUUAAUUUGGAUGAAGUAGAAGAAGAUGACGACAUAUUCGAUGACUUACCAGACUUGCCUAUAAGGAAUGGCAGUAAAAACAUAAGAAGUGGCUCGGGAGUUCCCUUCCCACUGUCCAAGAGUCAUCCUAAUCUUCACAAAUCAUUGUCUUCGUCUACUUCGACAUUUAGAAAAAGUGGCAGUGCUAAAUCUAUAAUGACACUACUUAAUGCAUCUCCACCAAAGUUCCCCAGUAGGACCACAACGAACCCAUCUUCGAAAAUCCGUGGAGUCAGCUCCACCUCUGCAUUUACACAAAGAACCGCAUCUACUGCUUCCUCUUCUUCUUCCAAAUCUUCACAAGAUUCCAACCAAUAUGAUGAUACCCUGAUCCAGCAAGAUUCUUUAAUGGAAGAGUUUUUCAUUGACGAUAAGCUAAUUGAAAAAUUCCAUAAGGAAGAAGCGAAGUGGAUCAAAAAGACGAAACAUUGGUUUCAAGAAGGAGAAUCUUUUGAUUUCAGCUCUACGCCAUUUAACAAGGAUUAUUUCUGGGAAAUAAGAAAAAUGGUUACCGAUGAGGAGAAUUAG